UAUUGGACUCGCCCGGGGUUGCAUUUCCCGAUAAACGAAAGAAAAGUGAGGCCGUAAGUACAAAUUCCGCGUCCGUUGCGACAUACAGAAGUAAAUACACUUCUUGAAAACAACCCAGAGCAGCAAAAUGGACCAAAGCUGUCGUUAAUCAGCGUUUAUCAAAGCAGCAAAAUGGACCAACGCUGUCUUUUACCAGCAUUUAUCCGAGGUGGACGUUGACAAAACCAAUGUUGUUGAUGUGAUGAAAGGAGAAAGGAAAUCAUGGCUGACAAUCUUGUGCAGUCACCCGAGAAUUGGACUGAAUCUCAAGUAAGCACCUGGCUACAAACACUUGGUGUGAAAGAACAAUACAUAAAGAAGCUCUUUGAAGAAGAAGUAAAUGGACAGAUCCUUCUUACACUUGAUGAGGACUUCUUGAUGACAAAGAUUGGCAUGAAAUUAGGGCCUACUCAUAUGAUUAUCAAAAAAAGAAAUGAGCUCCUCAAUUCCAAGCAAAACAGUCAGCAGAAUGCAAAGCCUACCGGUACUAAAAAAAACGAGCUGCAGCAGAAAAACAAUUCAAAAUCAGUUCAUUGUCUUGCUUCAAGUGAAGUUCCUUCUGGACAGGUACAUGCAAGAGAUAAGUGUGCCUCAGAAGAAAGUCAAACCCCCCAAAAACAUUGCAUAUUGACUUCAAAGGAAGACUGCAAACCACGGCCAUUUGAUCAAGAAGGCAUUGAUUUCAUAUAUGUAAAGCACAGAGUUCUGCAACCUGAAUCAGGAGCUUUUGAUUUGAUCUCUCCCUGCCAUGAAUUCAAAUCUUUUGCUAUAGCUGCUGAAUUGGAUCGCACAAGACUGCAAGCUAAGUUUGCCAAAGAGGUUCUAAAAUUUGCAACUGGUUGUAUGAAUAUCCGAUCAAACGGCACAAUACAUUUCGGUGUGAUGGACAGCAAGGAGGAUACAGGAUAUGUGCAUGGUGAGGUAGUUGGCAUCCCUAUAAAAGACAAAGACAUUUAUGUGGAUGCUUUGGACUACAUUGAAAAGUGUUUCUCUACUGACAAAGAGCAUGCGCGCCAUUGUGUGCGCCCACCAAGGUUCAUUGAGGUUAUGGAUCGAGAAAGUACAGCAAAAAACUAUGUGGUGGAGGUUGACAUUGUGCCUUCAGUCAACAUUGUUAAGGGCAAGGUUUAUGCAGUUCUUUUGCCAAACUUCAAUGAGGCAGCAAACAAAGUACAAUAUGAGAAAAAGGCAAUUCUGCGAAGGGUAGGUUCCAAAACAGAGCCAGUGAGUGACAGUGAUUUCAGUGAUUUCUUUCAGAGAGUCAAAGAACGGGAUGCUCAAAGAGAAGAGGCAGAGAAAACUCAAGUACUCAGUACUCCAUUCUGCCAAGACCUUGGGAGGAAACUCACAAUGCUAAUAACUAGUGGGAAGAAGUUCAUUGAAAAUGAUAAAUGGUUCAUAUUCAUUACAAACAAAUUCAAACCUGAUGACCUUUCUAACAUUGAGUGGCUGCUUAAUAUGAAGAUUUUCUCUGUGUUUGAUUUUGACCCAGACUCAAAGAUAUCAGGCCUUUGCAGCAAAUACCUUGAGCAUCAUGCUGCAAACAUGCAUUCUCUGCAGAGCUAUAGCAAAUCCAGUGACACAAGCAUCAAAGAAUUCACAGAAAAAUUGCACCUGUUUGAACAAACUAGCUGGAUCUUCUGCAAUGGCCGUUCUGGCUUUAAAGCAAAUGAAACUCCUUGUGAUGAAAUGACUUGGAUCAAGACAAAAAUUACCCUUUUGAGGGAAUGUGUGUCUUUGAUUUGUAAACAAAUCUUGCCAAAAGGGACAUUACAGGUCAUUUUUCUUCUCACAUCACCAGUAGAGAAACCUCUCUUGCACACCUUUUAUGAGUUUUUCACUGACAUGGAAGGCCACACGGACAUCAUCUGCAUCUGUGAAUCAGAAACAAACUUCCAGAGGUGGCAAAGUUUUGCAGAGGGGUCAUGUGGAACAGAAACUGUGAACAAUUUCAGUGUAGUUGGGAUGAAAAUGAGUCACAUUAAUGCAACUAUGCAAAUGAUACAACCAGUAAAAGCCUGUGCCAAAAAACACUUGCCAGUCUUUGUGAAAGGGACAUGUCUUCUUGAAACAAACAAAGAGGAACAUAUGGCUUCUCUGGAAAUACUGACAGUCAACCAUUGUGACGACACAAGCAAAGACUUCAUUAAUGAGGAGAAGGCAAAUAUUGAACACCAGUUUUACCGUGGUGGUAGAGUGACAUGGAUGAACUUUUGGCUCGCUGAACACAAGUAUGUUGGAGAGGUAAUCGAACGAGAUGCUUAUCAUGAUGUCUCCAAACUCCUCAUGGAUGUUUUGAAAUGUAACGUAGAUCAGACCCCAGUUACUUCUAUAAACAUCUACCAUCACCCAGGAAGUGGCGGAAGUACUGUGGCAAGGCAGGUGUUGUGGCAGAACAGGAAAGAACUAAGAUGCGCAGUUGUGAAGCCUUCAUACUCCGUUGCUGAUGUUAAGCAACAUGCAGUUGAUCUAAGAGAAUAUGAAGAAAAAGAUCCACAAAGGUGUCUUCCAGUGUUGCUCCUAAUUGAAGACUCUGACAAAGACUACCUUGAUGAUCUCAGAAAUGAGCUAGAGGUUGCAAUCAGAAGCAGACGAAUCCAGUAUGGAACACUAUGUUUCAUUUUGUUGAGCUGUAGGCGAUCCCAUGAUCCAGAGAGUAGAUGCAAAGAGUCUGCAUUACAGAAUGUAUCUGUCACUCACAAGCUGUCUCCUGAAGAGAAGAAGAAGUUUGCUGGAAAACGACAGUUGCUUGAAGAACAGUAUGAGUAUCAGUUCAUCCUGACAUUUGUUUUGAUGAGUGAAGGGUUUCAUAAUGAUUAUAUUCAAAAGUUUGUGAAACAUUUGCUUCAAGGCAUUGACCUUCAGUCUACUGCCACUCUCCUCAUUCAGUACGUAGCACUGCUGAACACUUAUGUUUAUAACUCUUUCAUCUCUCAGUCCCACUGCGAAGCUUUGCUGACCUUACAAGUGCACAUGGAAAGGUUUCGACGGCAAGAGUUUGCAAGAUCACUCAGUGAUCAGGCCAAACUUGUCUUCUUGCAUCUUCGAGAUGACAAGACCUACAUUGAAUCCAUCAGAAUAAUUCACCCACUCGUUGCAAAGGAAAUUCUGCAACAACUCCUUGGAAGCCAACACAGCAGUUUGGCAAAGAAAUUGCUCUGUGACAAUGGGCUUUUUGAGCACAGAUUUGGAAAAGAAGAAUAUCGGUCAUUUUUGAGAGCACUUUUCAUCAGGAGAUCCAGAAUAAGCAGAGGAGAUGAAUGUGAUACUUUAUUCUCUCCUCUGAUUGAACAUGUGCGAAAAAAGGAGGGAAGCCCUGACAAAGCAAUAGAGUUACUCAAGGAAGCUUUUGAACGUUUUCAUAAAGAUCCACGCAUUGCCCAACAACUUGCUCGUCUUCUUUAUACUUAUGAAAAGUUUGAAGAGGCAAAAUACUGGGCAGAGACUGCAGCUAAACAGCUUCCCAACAACUCGUACAUACUUGACACAAAAGGGCAGGUGUACAAAAAAUGGUUCCAAUUCAAAUGGAAAGCCAUUGAAAAUGGCUGUGCACCAAUCACAGCCCAAAACACAACUGAUGCUGUGGAGACUGCACUGAAUGCCCUGCAGUGUUUUCAAGAAUGUGAGAGAGCAGCUGAUGCAGACAUGGAAAAUGUAAGCAUUUCAGUAUAUUCUGCUGAGGUUGAAGUUGGAAUCAGCCUGCUCAAAUUGAUCUUUUCAUUACAAGAGUUUGCAAAAGGAGCUAAAGGCCAUUCAAAGUGUAGAGAGUAUCUGUUAACAGAUUACAUACCAGAACAUGUCUUAGAUGCCUGGGAACCAUUUCAUGGCCGUUUGAAAAAGCUUCACCAGACAUUGAUUGAUUCCUUGGAAUGGAUUUCAGAGGACAUCAGUUUCUUCCAGACAGAUAUAGGUGAAGAUGAAGAAGAGAUUCCUGAAAGUCCUGAAGAGAAAAGCCAUCCACUGAAGCGGUUAAUCCAAAGCUCUUCCGAGUAUGGGAAGUACUUCAGUGAAGUUUCCUCUGCUGCAAUUCUGCAACCAUGGCAAUCAGUCCCUACCAAUCUCACUCCUUUACAAAAACGCAUGAUCAUCUAUCAACUUGGUGGUGGUAACAUAACUUCCAUCUUGUCCAAACUAACUGAACAGAGGGAUGCCGUGCGUAUUUUAGAGACCAUAGUUUCUCUUUACCCUAGCAGUCCACGAAAGGCAAAACUUAAUCAGAGGGAUAUUGUGAACUACAUUGUGACCCACAUUACCCUGAACUGCUUGUCACCACAGGCUUCAAAGGUUGCUCCUUUUAAAGAUCUACAGGCCCUUUGUCAUCAGUUCCCAGGUGAUAAAAAGAAAUGUUUGCCAGGUGCACUGUUCCUGCUUACCUUACUAUUCUGGCCAGAGGAUAAGGACACAAACCAUGAGAGAGAAAACAAAUAUGAAAUUGUCCAGUCAGCUGUGGAGCACAUGGAAAAAGGCUACUGGACCAGGAAGAAGGACAUUCCUCAAAGAAAGAGAAGGCUUUACACCCAUUUUCUUCUGGGACAUGGAAAUGGAUUGGAUAAAUUUGUCCACAAGAGAAAGUUUUACAGCGUCACAAAGGUGUUCUCGGUCUCUGAAAAACGCCUGAAGUGGUUUAGUGGUGAAGCAUGGGAGAAGCCUGAGAUUGCUGAAAAGUUAAAACGCGUUUCUGGUUGGACUGAAGAUGGAGUGGUUUACCUCGAGGGCCCUCAGAAAAAGAAAUUCAGCAUAUUGCCUCUUCACAUGCGUUCAGUGCCACACAGCAAUGAAAACAUCACAUUCUAUCUGGGUUUCACCUUCAGGGGCCCUGUUGCCUACAACAUUACUGUAAAGGAAUAGUUCAUCUUUGAACAGUAGACCUGACAUUGUUGAAGCACCAGCUUAGUAUCCACUAUGUCUGAACAUUUAAUCGUAAUUUCAUCCAAAUCACAAUACAGUCUGUAAAUGAAAACUUUGAAGCACAUGGUAUGAUGUCAGUAACGCAUUGUUACUUCACCACACGGAGUGGGAGUGAAGUAUUGUUUUUGUGGCUUUGUCUGUCUGUGUGUGCACUUCUGCACUUACUUGCAAUUUGAGCAACAGUGACAGGUUAGAAUAACCUUUUUAGAAUUUGACCAUGAUACGGAUUUGAACACACAACUCUCUGAUCUGAAGUUAAACGCUCUAGUGUUGCACCACAGCGUUUGUUCUCACAUAUAGGCCGACAGAGGUUUGUUGCGUGGAUGGGGUGAAGUCUGCCAUCUGAUUGCCUUGUUUUAUAAGAUGCAACAUAACAUUUACUAUAUGUAACAAGUCUUGAAGUUACACACUGAAUGUUCAUAUACAGUUGACAUGAUGGAGUUUGGAUUUCCAGAUGUAAAAA